AUUUCUAUUCAACUAAAAAUCGAAAAGUGCAGUGCCUGCUUUAGCAAAGAAAUACAAGAUUAUGAACGUGAAUGGAAAACAUAAACAAAUAAACUAGCUAAUCUGUUAUGGUAACAGGAGGCUUAUGUAGUACAUUGGCCACCGUUAUGCUAACUGCUCCGCACGGACGCGUCUCCGCCCGUUAUCCGGCUGCGCACGAAUUCACCCUUGACCGGCGCUCCGUUCUUCGGCUGCGCGUCGGAACAAUUCAUAUGUUCGUAUGUUCAGCUUCUCGUCUUGCGUCUGCUUCGCUGCUAUAUAGUUUAUGAGUGAAAAUAGGAUUUUAGACUAUUUUACUGUACUACUUUACUUCUUUUCUUUUCCUUGCUCCGCCCCCUGAUCUCCGCGGCCACGCCCCGGUAGAGUCUAAAGCUCCGCCUACUUUCGGCUGAGCGAGUCUUCCCUGUUCUCAUUCGUCUCAGACGCCUCCUGAUAGUGCGGCUUCAGUUUCCCUUGGCUUCUUCCACUGUGAGCGGCUUGUGCUUAGAAAAAAUGUACAUAAUUGUACCGGAAGUACGAUAACAUAGCCAAUUAAAACGCGGUUAUCAAAUUAGAAACGCGGAUUCUACUUGCGCCAAUCCAAAGCAAAGCAAAAAGAAGAAGAAGAAAAUAAGAAGAGCAAAAAGAAGAGGAAAGAUAUGGAGGGCCUUAACUACGUGCCCGAGGACAUGGUGUUCUCCUUCAGCGACGUGACGCACGUUCUGGCGGAGAAGGUGAAGAGCACUUUGCAAGACCCUCAGCCAGCAGAAUCAGGGAGGUUCAUCAUUCCCUUCUUCAGCGGCUCCGGGGGCUGCAACGACGCCUUCACAGGAUUCGGCUUUCUGGCUUUCCUGCUGGCGCUGCUGGAUCUGAUCUUGGAGCUGCAGGACGGGAACCGAAGGAGGCGGUCCGUUCAGGAGGGCCUGAACAUGGAUCCUGACAUCCUCAUGACUCUGGCGUUGGAGGUAUGGCGGCGAGUACCAUGUUGA